AUGCCGCAGAGCUCCCCCAGCGCCGCCGCCACCGCCUCCGACAUGGACAAGAACAGCGGCUCCAGCAGCUCCUCCGCCUCUUCGGGCAGCAGCAAAGGGCAACAGCCGCCACGCUCCGCCUCGGCGGGCUCGGCCGGCGAGUCUAAACCCAAGAGCGAUGGAAAGAACUCAAAUGGAUCCAAGCGUUACAAUCGUAAACGUGAAACUUCCUACCCCAAAAAUGAAAAUUUUAGCAACCAGUCCCGUCGCUCCAAUUCACAGAAAAGCAAAACUUUUAAUAAGAUGCCUCCUCAAAGGGGUGGCGGCAGCAGCAAACUCUUUAGCUCUUCUUUUAAUGGUGGAAGACGAGAUGAGGUAGCAGAGGCUCAGCGGGCAGAGUUUAGCCCCGCCCAAUUCUCUGGUCCUAAGAAGAUCAAUCUGAACCACUUGUUGAAUUUCACUUUUGAACCCCGUGGCCAGGCAGGUCACUUUGAAGGCAGUGGACAUGGCGGCUGGGGAAAAAGGAGCAAGUGGGGACAUAAGCCUUUUAACAAGGAACUCUUUUUACAGGCCAACUGCCAAUUUGUGGUGUCUGAAAACCAAGACUACACAGCUCAUUUUGCUGAUCCUGAUACUUUAGUCAACUGGGACUUUGUGGAACAAGUGCGCAUUUGUAGCCACGAAGUCCUCUCUUGCCCAAUAUGCCUAUAUCCACCUACUGCAGCCAAGAUAACCCGUUGUGGACACAUCUUUUGCUGGGCAUGCAUCCUGCACUAUCUUUCACUGAGUGAGAAGACCUGGAGUAAAUGUCCCAUCUGUUACAGUUCUGUGCAUAAGAAGGAUCUCAAGAGUGUUGUUGCCACAGAGUCACAUCAGUAUGUUGUUGGUGACACAAUUACGAUGCAGCUGAUGAGGAGGGAGAAAGGGGUAUUGGUGGCUUUGCCCAAAUCCAAGUGGAUGAAUGUAGAUCAUCCCAUUCACCUAGGAGCUGAGACUCGGGAGGAGGCGCUGUCAGGAUUGACUGAAAGCAGAGGAGAGGUCACCCGUGUCGUCGCUGCCCUGGAACAACUGGUGCUGAUGGCUCCCCUGGCGAAGGAGCCCAUUUUCCAACCUCGGAAGGGCAUGCUAGAGUAUCUGUCUGCCUUUGAUGAAGAAACCAUGGAAAUUUGUUCUCUGGAUUCUUCUCGUCCUCUUGCUCUCUCUCUGGUCGAGGAAGAGGAGGCAGCAUCUGAACUGGAGCCUGAGGGUUUGUCAGAGGCCUGUGAUGAGUCAGAGCUAGCAGAUGACAGUCUUGGGGAAGGGACCAUUUGUACUGAGUCCAGCCAGCAGGAACGCAUCACCAAGCCAGGCUUCACACACCUAAGCAGCUCUCCUUGCUACUACUUUUACCAAGCGGAGGAUGGGCAGCACAUGUUCCUGCACCCUGUGAAUGUGCGCUGCCUGGUGCGGGAGUACGGCAGCCUGGAGCAGAGCCCCGAGAAGAUCUCGGCCACCGUGGUGGAGAUCGUCGGGUACUCCAUGUCUGAGGAUGUCCGGCAGCGUCAUAGAUAUCUCUCUCACUUGCCUCUUACCUGUGAGUUCAGCAUCUGUGAACUGGCUCUGCAGCCUCCUGUAGUCUCUAAAGAAACCCUAGAGAUGUUCUCAGAUGACAUUGAGAAGAGGAAGCGUCAGCGCCAGAAGAAGGCUCGGGAGGAACGCCGCCGAGAGCGCAGGAUUGAGAUGGAGGAAAACAAGAAACAGGGCAGGUACCCAGAAGUCCACAUUCCCCUUGAGAAUCUACAGCAGUUUCCUGCCUUCGAUUCCUAUACUAGCUCCUCCGAUUCUGCUUUGGGUCCCAGCAGCACCGAGGCCCAUGGAUCCCUCUCCCUUUCUUCUCUCAGCAGAAGUCCUGUGUCCCAUGCAGACUUUCUGCUGACCCCUCUGUCACCCACUGCCAGUCAGGGCAGCCCCUCAUUCUGUGUUGGGAGUCUGGAAGAAGACCCUCCCUUCCCUUCCUUUGCCCAGAUGCUAAGAGUUGGAAAAGCAAAAGUAGAUGUCUGGCCCAAAACUGCACCAAAGAAAGAUGAGAACAGCCUAGUUCCUCCUGCCAUUGUGGAGAGUGAUGGGGAGAGUGAUAACUCAGACCGUGUUCCUGUGCCCAGUUUCCAGAAUUCCUUCAGUCAAGCUAUUGAAGCAGCCUUCAUGAAACUGGGCACACCAGCUACUGCAGACCCCCUCUCUGAAGAGAAAGGAGGAAAGAAAAGAAAAAAACAGAAACAGAAGCUUCUGUUCAGCACCUCAGUUGUCCACACCAAGUGA